AUGGUUAGUACCAUCUAUCGACUCAAGAGUAAACUACGUUUGCACAAGAAGGAAACUGCUUCCUGGGAUUUAGAUGAAGAUUCCAUGCGUUUGAAACAAACCGAGGAUAUAUCAAUACGUUCUGAUCGGAGUAUGACAUUUAAUGCAAAUGUCACUGACGAUGUGGAUGAGAUAUUCUACAAUCGGGAACGCUCAAAGACUUCACCGUCACCGAAUAUCCCGCAAUAUCGGACUACGGAACAGCUUCGUAGUAAUCAUCAUACGCCACUUUCAGCCUUACAUGAAGAUGUGGAAGUCACGAGUAACGGGAGCACAAGUGUUUCAACGACACCUCCAAACAAUGUCGUGGUCUCGACUCUGCAGAAGAAUACAAGUCCUGGCAUGUCGAUAACCCAGAAUACUGCAACAGGUCGUCAAGACCUUGGACUUGAACGGCUUCGAGCUGAUGUGCUUGAAGUGAAAGAAGAGGUCAAGAUUAUUCGACGAGAAGUCAUUAACGAGCUCCAUGUGAUUCGCUACGAUGUGCUGAAAGAACUCUUCUUACUGAAAAGCGCUAUCACGCAGCUGUCUGCAAUGCAAUCAAGUACAUUGGCGAUGCCUCUCAAGAGAUCGAUGUCGGAACCGCUAUCGACUGCUGAUCAGGCGGUUUUAACCCGUCAGACAUCUACCAAGACGUCGCCGGCCACACGUGAUCGGCUUGCCACAUCCCGCACCAAUGUCCACAAGAUGCCUCCUUCGCAAGCACGCGCUAGUGUGCGACUUACGCAGUUAGCCCCCGUGGCAGAAAAUGCACUGUCAACACCGUUGACCGCCGAGCAGAUCAACGACAUGUUUCCACUCAUCGAUUGUACGUCCGAAUUCGCGGCGCAUGCUCGUAGUCUGACCCCCGGGACACGAUCGUGGGCACUGACUCGUGUAGAGGAAUGGCUAGACGUGAACGUGGACAACGACACGCUGCUGGCUGUUGUUGGUGACGGAGGAACCGGGAAGAGUGCAUUCUGUGGUAUAGUGGUCCAGCAGUUCCAUGACAACCUGCUGGCUGCGCACUGCUGUCAGUUUGAUCGCAAGAGCAAAAGCAGUCCACGCAACGUGCUGCUUUCGGUUGUGCAUCAGCUGGUAGAUAACCUGCCGUCAUUUAAAAACCAUCUGGCACGACUCAAUCUCAAGUACGUGCUGGAAGAAGCAGACCCGAUUCUUCUUGCUGCAAAGGUGCUCGUGGAUCCAUUGAACGCUGUGGAAGAGCCCAAACAGGCGUCAUUUAUUCUUGUAGACGGAAUUGACCAGUGCGCUACAGGACUUUACGGUCAAAACGAGCUGCUCGACUUUUUUGCGCAGAUUAUCCCUCAGAUUCCAUUGUGGGUUCGUAUCAUGGUGUCUUCGAAGCCUUCGUCAAAGCUAGCAGAAUGUUUUCCUGUGUCAUCGGUACUGGAUUUCAGCGCAACAAACGAUGCUUUCGUGGCUGAUGUAUCCUCGCUUGUUGACGACAUUGCUUGCAACUUUAGCGACAACGAUGUAGAGGAGGCGAAGAAGGUGCUGAAGCAAAAAGGUGCUGGCAACUUUGCGUACCUAAAUUUUACAAAGCAGGCGCUGUCACAUCCGGGGUUGGCGGUUGUAAGCAAGGAAGGCGCAGUACCGCUUGACGUGCUCCAUGAACUGCCAGAGACACUGUACGACAUUUAUGCGGAGAUUUUUGAGGACAAGUUUGGCCAAGGCCGAGAUCGUGUGUGGGAUAAGGCAAAACCACUUCUGCAGCUUAUGAUAGGAGCAACAGGAGGACCGUAUUCGCCUGUUACGGAGGAACAAGCCAAGGCCCAUUUUCAACUGACGGCAGAAGACUUACGAAUGUUGCGUCGCUCGUUCGUGGAUCUCGUGGCCGUAAGAAAUGGUGCCUAUCGUAUCGAAAGCUCUGCUCUAUGUGCAUGGCUAAGUGAUCCUGCUCGAUCAGAAGAGCAGUUUUACUUUAACAUUGACGAUGCUCUCCAGGCGCUACGCAAGAUGCGUCGUGCUGGUGCUGGUGUUGUUAGCCUUGGUCGCUCUGAAUCAGACAGCGUAUUGGAGAGUAGCAUAAUGUCUAGCUGCGUAACAAUUUCACGGAGAUCUCCGCAGCGAUCGCUAAAACAUCAUGAGCCGCCAACUAUUUCAGAAUUCAAACCUGUGGGCAUUCUCAAGCGUGGCAAGGCAUGA